GAACCGUCUGAUAUUUGGUUGUAGCCUGGAGUGACCGCGCCGUGGCUCAUAUGCAGGGCGGUGCGACACCACAUAGGAAAGGCGCAUAAUAUUGAACAGGAUUUUUACACGUUGUAUGCUUGCAACCUUAAUUUUAACGCUAUGAUGCAGUGACAGUGGAUUUUUGGGGGUCGAUUUUUUAGAAAACAAAUAAAUGCGUGUGGAGUAAUGCGCUCCUAGGACUAUGGCACCAUCGGGAACGCGAAUAAAACGUGGAUGUCAGAGAGUUUUGUAUUGGAUUCCGGUCUUGUUCAUUGCCGUGAUAGUGGCAUGGUCAUACUACGCCUAUGUUUUGCAACUGUGCAUAGAGUCCAUUGAAGACACGGGAGAAAAGGUGGUAUAUCUGCUGGUGUACCACGUGGUCUUCAUCAUGUUUGUUUGGGCGUACUGGCAAACCAUCUUCACCCGCCCCAUGAAUCCUCUCAAGGAGUUCCACCUGUCGUACUCCGACAAAGAGCUGCUGGAGCGUGAGGACCGAGGGGAGUCACAGCAGGAGAUCCUCCGUAGGAUCGCCAAAGACCUGCCCAUCUACACACGCACCAACUCUGGAGCGAUUCGUUUCUGUGACCGGUGCCAGCUGCUGAAGCCUGAUCGAUGUCACCACUGUUCAGUCUGUGAUAAGUGUAUUCUGAAGAUGGAUCACCACUGCCCCUGGGUGAACAAUUGUGUGGGGUUCUCCAAUUAUAAGUUCUUCAUGUUGUUUCUGUUGUAUUCGCUGCUCUACUGCCUCUUUAUCACCGCAACAGACCUCAAGUACUUCAUCAAGUUCUGGCUGAACGGGCUCCCAGACACUCAGGCUAAGUUCCAUAUUCUCUUCCUGUUCUUCUCGGCGUCCAUGUUUUCUGUGAGUCUGGCCUCGCUCUUCAUCUACCACUGCUGGCUCGUGUGCAAGAACCGCUCCACCCUCGAGGCAGUUCGGGCCCCAGUUUUUCGCCAUGGCACAGACAAAAGCGGCUUCAGUCUCGGCUGCAGCAAAAACUUCCGGCAGGUUUUUGGAGAUGAAGUGAAGUACUGGCCUGUCCCUGUGUUCUCCAGUUUAGGAGAUGGAUGUUCAUUCCCAACAUGUUUGGUGAAUCUUGACCCUGAGCAGCCACCAUCCCCCAUUGGCCCCAUCCCGACCACAAAGAGUGCAGCCGAGGGGCGCCAGUUCCCCUCCAAACCUCUGAGAGAGUCCCAGAGCCGACUACUCACCACCACCCCCUCUUGGUCUGACAAUGAAGGUGCAGCCGACAAGGAUAAAAAAGGUGCUAGUAAUCCAAUAAUGAUAAUUGAACAUGAGGCGUGACUGAAGAAAUAGGUCCGAAUCUAAAGGUCACCCUCUUUUGAGUUUGUGCCUAAACAUGACACCUUGAAGACUGGACUUUUAUUUUACUCCAACAGUUUGGAGAGGGCUCUAUACAACCAACACAAAGACUACUAAACCGUGACGCUAUAACUACUUUCUAUUAUUUUUAUGCUGAAAAAACUGAUAGACAAGUCAUUCAUUUUGUCUGAAAAGCACAGAGCAAUGAUGGACAAAGAUUGUUAAAAAAAAAUACAUAAAUCGUAUUAUUUUUAUGUUAUAUCUCAAUUGUAGAGCGUAGAAAGAGUUGCCAAACAUUAGUAGUGUUAAAAUCAACUGUAUGUUACUGUACGACUGUUUAGCCAUUUUUAUAUUGAACAAACAAAAGGACUGAUGCAUGCCUCAUCUCAGGAUGUGUGUCGUAGUGAAAUGUAACUUCUUUCUGCUUGGGAAAAAGAUAAUUUCCAUGUUACUAAGGGCUUUUUUCAAUUGUAAAAGCAUGAAUGAGUGCAGAUCUUUGCUGUUAACACCUGACUACAAUAGCUGCCAAACUCUCUUCAACCUCAGACCACCGGUGUUGUGCUGAGAAGUGAACCCCCUUUGUCUGUAGAUUUAUUUUUAGUUAUAUUUUUGUUAUGUUUGCCUAGUUUUCCUAUCAAAUUUGGUGCUGUUUGCAGUAGUAGUACUCAAAUACUGCAGUUUAUGUCCUGCUGUACAACUGUGUAUUACUUGACUUUUACUUGAGGUGGGGUGGAAUAGGUUAUAUUUCAAAGGACCCCACUCAACAUUGAUGAUAUUUUGGGUUGAUGCGGGAAGCAAAGCACCCCAACUGACCGGCUUUGGGUCAUUAAAAUAUUUUAAUUUGUUAAUCUGUAAGGUUGCCUAUCGUACAGGGACCUUCUUGCUAUAAGAAGAAAGUGCUAACCAUACAACCACUGCUCCACCAGUAUGUCUAUAAAUGGUCUCGGGCUUAUCUGUGUACUUCACAUAAGACCCACAGGUGUUGGUAAAAAAUAUUAACCUAUAUGGAAGAUGAAUGGAUGAAUUCAAGAGGUAAUUUACAUAGUUACAAAUAUCAGACAAGCUAUAAUUUUUAUCUGUUGGUUAGAUAAGGAAUUCUCCACAUUUCACCUUUAAACUGAACUUGAAAAGAGAUCUGCAGACUUCCUCUACCCAGACAGCUGGAAGUUAGUUAAGAGGGGGUUCUUCACUAAAUUCCUUAAAAGCAUCAAGAACAGAUAUUCAAGCCAUGUUCACUUGUUUCUCUGGUAACUUCAACUUCUUCUCUCAGCACAACACCCAAAACUACAACCUCUCUGCUGCAGAUUUCAACACACUCGUCAUGAAGUGUGUUUUUCUUAUUACCGUCAGUGCAAAAAACAGCGGUCUUCUAAAAUGUCUUUGAAUGCUUUGUACAUUAUUCUAAAUCUUGUUUUGAAUGUAAGCUUGUCUGAAAAUAUCUCCUGUAGUGACAGUAAUAUGUAUAUCUAUAUUUUUCUAAUUUGUGUCUGGGACAAAGUGAGGACAUGUACUGUACAGUGGUGAUGCCUUAUGACAAUUAAACAAGCUCUUCUUCAGCCUCAAACCAUUAAAU